CUUUCAAUCUCUUCUGCAGCCAUUCUUUCGAUUGUUUUUUUUUUGGCUCUAAUUGUUUUUCGUGCGUCUGCUGGUUCUCCUUCAUCCUAAGCUAAAGUUCGGCAUAUCUCGUGUUUUCAGCUCGAAGCUCUGCGCACGAUCGGCGGAAUGGAGGGUCACUCAAGGACAUGUCACCGGUAUACCACCACGGUGCCUUGCCUAUGAGCGACCUGGCCUUGGCAUGAGCUGCCACCGAGUCGAGGUUUGGGCAAUCGGGACUUUCAGUGACGUGAUUCCCAGAGCCGCAGGUGGCACACGUGAAAGGGUCGCCGUUUUCCCUUUUGGCGGUGCAAGAUGCCUUUGAGUGCUCGUGAGAGCCACACUUGAUGCACUUCUUCUGUGCCUUACAGCUGUUCUCUUGCAUGUGUUUGGGUGAAGCACAAACCCGGCAGAAAGUAGACACCUGCUGUAUGUCAAACGGCCUGUAUGGUACGUCAGCUCGGCAUUCGGACCAUGAUGGGAUUAGCGUUGGAGAGACAGCUUACAGGAACCAAGUCCAUAGACAAUAAUCGACGACGCCAGGGCGACUCAGUUCGCACCAUCUCCUGGCCAGGCCCAAUGCAUGUUCCCUGGUCCUCACUUCCAAGAGCAGAUUGUUCUGCCAUAGACAAAGGUCCUCGAUCGUGACGCCAAGGGCCUUGCUCCACCCUCCCACCAACUCCGAUUUGUUGUUCCUGUUGAUACCCAAGUCCCGGAAUUUAUCAGCUGCCCCUAUAGCUUUGAGCCAAAACCUGUUCGCCCUGAGCUUCGACAAUCCGAGCUUCAAACCUGAUAGGAGUUCCAACAUAUGUUGGUGCUCUUGAAGUUUACGAUAACUAUCGUAGCAGUCCAUACACACCGUUCAACGGAAAUUUGAAAUCAUCGUGUCAUGCUGCGACUCGACCGCUGAGUUCUAGUGGUCCCCCAAAAAAAAAGGCAAAUUGUUGGGCGAGUAGAGUAGUUCAACAACGGUUGGUGAUGAUGUGGUUGAGGUUCCGAACCUUAGCGGAUACCCCGCGCGCGCCCCUCAUCGACUUUAAAAGACUCUGCCACCCUCGCACCCUUUUUCGCUCUUUGUCUCGACUCGUUCGUGUGCCUUUUGCUUCUUCUUUGAUACCCCAUUUACGCGUUGCUUUACUGUUUUUUCCUUACAAACAUUAAACAUUAUGCCAGUGAGUCGCUCUUGAACAUUGAUUGCUGAUCACACCAAGCCCGUGCAGGUGUCAGCUGCCGGGCAAGGUGCUUCACAGUGAUACGCAGUGCUUCACGACGACGAUCCUUUUCCAAUCCCAUUUCAUCGCCUCGACCUUCGAUAUCCCAGUCCACGCUCGCCCUUCGGUCUCGCUCGGUCCUUCGACAUCGUGCCAGUUUGACUGCUCUCGCCCUCGCCUUCCUGUUUACCUGGCCCAUGCUGGUGUCGCCGCAUCCAGCGCCUGCCUCAUCGGACGAUGUCUCCCGUUGCGAAAGACGAUCUCCAACACCCUCGUGGCCCAGCCCAACCCCAUCGACCUCGCCGUCUGCCGGAAUCUGACUCCCAUGCCCAGGUGGGGGUAAAGGAUGUAGCUUCGAAUGCAGGCUCUCUCCCUUUGUGCCUCUGGGUGCGUGACCCACAUCCAGCCCUGCAAGUAGACAUCCACUCGUCCUCAGUCAAGGUCAAGGUGAAGGUCAAGGUAAAGGUGUAGUUUUGUUCGAUUCUGCUAACCAGCUGCUGCACCGCGGGCGAUAUUGUCAAAGAUGCCAAGCUCGGUCUCGCCAGGGAGAUAGGGUCGUUCGUAGUUACCGUUGUCAGUGCCAGGGAUCCAGGACAUGGUGGGAAUAGGAUGAAGGGGUACAUAGUAAAAUUCGAGAUCAAUAGGGGUAUCUUUAAAAUAAAUAUUUAUAGUUUGUAGUGCUUAGAGUUACUAGAUCAUAGUUAUUUAUAAUAAAUACUAAUUUUAAGUUUAAACAUAUAAGUAAGCUGUUACUAAUAGGCGCUGAAAGUAAUUAAAGAGCAGAACUAUACGCAGAUAUUUAGGCAAGACUUAUAGCUAAAAAUUACUUUCAACUUUAUAAUGUUAGCAACUCUAAGUAUGCUAUAUUAAGUCUAACUGAAUAGCAAGAAACUUGCAAGUAUAAUAAUAUUAGCUGCUGGCCUUUGAGUAUUCUACAAGUAAAAUACAAGGGGGCCAUUGAUGCGAUAAGCGAGCUCCUGCACUGGAGGAGUGACCAUCACUACUAUACCUACUUCCGUUGGGUCAAGGGUCAUGCUGGCGUGACAGGUAACGAAGCGUGUGAUAAGCUGGUAAAAGUGGGUGCGAUAAAAAACCAACCCAAAGAAGCAAUGCGGGGACUUACGAGAAGCUUCCGCAAGGAAGAUGCGUGGCUUGAAUUUGUCAUGAAUGUAGAAUCCAAAUUGGCUGGCCAGCACCUCGACAAGCUCGAACCGCAUACGGAAAAGUACAGCAUCGGGGAUCAGCCGACAAUGGAGUUCAUGACCACACAUUUCCUCGAGGCAUAUCCCCAGUUCGCGCCGAAGCAAAAAGCCGUUGAGGUCACCGAAUACCCCAAAUCUAGUUUCGCUGGAAUCCGUCCAAUUUCCGAAUCUCCGGAUGAGUCAUUGGCCAUAUCCCCCUUUGAUUGGAGGGUCGACAGAUGGAAUUGCAAGUUACCACCAGGAUGCGAACUUCGAAGACGCAAAAGAUUUGUGGAUCCAAGGCGGAAUGUCAAGUGCAAGAUCGUGAAGGAGGGCAACCGAGUUAUAUUUCCCGCUAAGAGGCGAUGA